AUGAGUCGAACAAAAUAUCCGAUUGAUGGAAGUAUUUUCAUUCCUGAAACAUUACUCAAUCUUAAUAUAACAAUCAAUCCACCUAAUAUCCGUUGUAAUUGGUCAUUUGAUAUUUAUCUGAUUGAUGGUCGAACCAUGCACUUCGAGCAAGGUUCAAUUGUGACGUAUCCACGUGCCGGUAUACUUAAAGAUUAUGGUGCGACAGCUGGACUUCAAUGUCGAAGAGGAAGUAGAACAACGACAUUAUGUUUUUCUCAUGCAUAA